AUCCCAAGGCUGCCUUUGUGGGAUUCCACACAGCACAGCCUGGAAGCUUGGGCCCUGGCUUCCUUUUCUGGCCUGGGAGCCAGGUCACGGGGCCAUCACCUCACAAGGAUCAUGAGGGCCCAGGCCCAAGUGCUCACAUGAUCCUCAUGGGGACUGCUCCUCUUAAAGGGCGGGCCCUCCUCUCCCAGCUCCCUGUCUUGGCCAACCCGGAGGCUGGAGGAGCCUGGGUAGGGCCCUCUCUGUUCCACUGCUGUGGCAGGGUCAGAAAUGUUGGAUAGAGAAAACCUUUUGCAAACGGGAAUGUAUCUUUGUAAUUCCCAGCCCGAAAGACCCUAACAGGUGUUGCUGUGGCCAGUUCACCAGCCAGCAUAUACCCCCUCUGCCGAGUGCAACACCCAGCAAAAAUGAAGAGGAAAACCAACAGGUGGAGGCUCAGCCUGAGAAAUGGUCUGUCGCCAAGCACACCCAGAGCUACCCAACGGAUUCCUAUGGAGUUCUUGAAUUCCAGGGUGGCGGAUACUCCAAUAAAGCCAUGUAUAUCCGUGUGUCCUAUGACACCAAGCCAGACUCGCUGCUGCAUCUCAUGGUGAAAGACUGGCAGCUGGAACUCCCCAAGCUUUUAAUAUCUGUGCAUGGAGGCCUCCAGAACUUUGAGAUGCAGCCCAAGCUGAAGCAAGUCUUUGGGAAAGGCCUGAUCAAGGCUGCCAUGACCACGGGGGCCUGGAUCUUCACCGGGGGUGUCAGCACAGGUGUCAUCAGCCACGUGGGGGAUGCCUUGAAAGACCACUCCUCCAAGUCCAGAGGCCGGGUUUGUGCUAUAGGAAUUGCUCCAUGGGGCAUCGUGGAGAAUAAGGAAGACCUGGUUGGAAAGGAUGUAACAAGAGUGUACCAGACCAUGUCCAACCCUCUAAGUAAGCUCUCUGUGCUCAACAACUCCCACACCCACUUCAUCCUGGCUGACAAUGGCACCCUGGGCAAGUAUGGUGCCGAGGUGAAGCUGCGAAGGCUGCUGGAAAAGCAUAUCUCCCUGCAGAAGAUCAACACAAGACUGGGGCAGGGCGUGCCCCUCGUGGGCCUCGUGGUGGAGGGGGGCCCUAACGUGGCGUCCAUCGUCUUGGAAUACCUGCGAGAAGACCCUCCUGUCCCCGUGGUGAUUUGCGAUGGCAGCGGACGCGCCUCGGACAUCCUGUCCUUUGCGCACAAGUACUGUGAAGAAGGCGGGAUAAUAAAUGAGUCCCUCAGGGAGCAGCUUCUAGUUACCAUUCAGAAAACAUUUAAUUACAAUAAGGCACAAUCGCAUCAGCUGUUUGCAAUUAUAAUGGAGUGCAUGAAGAAAAAAGAACUCGUCACUGUAUUCAGAAUGGGUUCUGAGGGCCAGCAGGACAUCGAGAUGGCAAUUUUAACUGCCCUGCUGAAAGGAACAAAUGUAUCUGCUCCAGAUCAGCUGAGCUUGGCACUGGCUUGGAACCGCGUGGACAUAGCACGAAGCCAGAUCUUUGUCUUUGGGCCCCACUGGCCGCCCCUGGGAAGCCUGGCCCCGCCAAUGGACAGCAAAGCCACAGAGAAGGAGAAGAAGCCACCCACAGCAACCACCAAGGGAGGAAGAGGAAAAGGAAAAGGCAAGAAGAAAGGGAAAGUGAAAGAGGAAGUAGAGGAAGAAACUGAUCCCCGGAAGAUAGAGCUGCUGAACUGGGUGAAUGCUUUGGAGCAAGCGAUGUUGGAUGCUUUAGUCUUAGAUCGUGUUGACUUUGUGAAGCUCCUGAUUGAAAACGGAGUGAACAUGCAACACUUUCUGACCAUUCCGAGGCUGGAGGAGCUUUAUAACACAAGACUGGGUCCACCAAACACACUUCAUCUGCUGGUGAGGGAUGUGAAAAAGAGCAACCUUCCACCCGAUUACCACAUCAGCCUCAUAGACAUCGGGCUCGUACUGGAGUACCUCAUGGGAGGAGCCUACCGCUGCAACUAUACUCGGAAGAGCUUUCGCACCCUCUACAACAACUUGUUCGGACCCAAGAGGCCUAAAGCUCUUAAACUUCUGGGAAUGGAAGAUGAUGAGCCUCCAGCUAAAGGGAAGAAAAAGAAAAAGAAGAAAAAGGAGGAAGAGAUCGACAUCGAUGUGGACGACCCCGCCGUGAGUCGGUUCCAGUACCCCUUCCAUGAGCUGAUGGUGUGGGCCGUGCUGAUGAAACGCCAGAAAAUGGCGGUGUUCCUCUGGCAGCGAGGGGAAGAGAGCAUGGCCAAGGCCCUGGUGGCCUGCAAGCUCUACAAGGCCAUGGCCCACGAGUCCUCCGAGAGCGAUCUGGUGGAUGACAUCUCCCAGGACUUGGAUAACAAUUCCAAAGACUUCGGCCAGCUUGCUUUGGAUUUAUUAGACCAAUCCUAUAAGCACGACGAGCAGAUUGCCAUGAAACUCCUGACCUAUGAGCUGAAAAACUGGAGCAACUCGACCUGCCUCAAACUGGCUGUGGCAGCCAAACACCGGGACUUCAUUGCUCACACCUGCAGCCAGAUGCUGCUGACCGACAUGUGGAUGGGAAGGCUGCGGAUGCGGAAGAACCCUGGCCUGAAGGUUAUCAUGGGGAUUCUUCUUCCCCCUACCAUCUUGUUUUUGGAAUUUCGCACCUAUGAUGAUUUCUCGUAUCAAACAUCCAAAGAAAACGAGGAUGGCAAAGAAAAAGAAGAGGAGAAUAUGGAUGCAAACGCAGAUGCUGGCUCAAGAAAGGGGGACGAGGAGAACGAGCACAAAAAGCAAAAAAGUAUUCCCAUCGGAACAAAGAUCUGUGAAUUCUAUAAUGCACCCAUUGUCAAGUUCUGGUUUUACACGAUAUCGUACUUGGGGUACCUGCUGCUGUUUAACUAUGUUAUCCUGGUGCGGAUGGACGGCUGGCCCUCCCUCCAGGAGUGGAUCGUCAUUUCCUACAUUGUGAGCCUGGCCUUGGAGAAGAUACGAGAGAUCCUCAUGUCAGAACCAGGCAAACUCAGCCAGAAAAUCAAAGUUUGGCUUCAGGAGUACUGGAACAUCACAGAUCUUGUGGCCAUUUCCACUUUCAUGAUUGGAGCAAUUCUUCGCCUACAGAACCAGCCCUAUAUGGGCUACGGCCGCGUGAUCUACUGUGUGGAUAUCAUCUUCUGGUACAUCCGCGUCCUGGACAUCUUUGGUGUCAACAAGUAUCUGGGGCCAUAUGUGAUGAUGAUUGGAAAGAUGAUGAUCGACAUGCUGUACUUUGUGGUCAUCAUGCUGGUUGUGCUCAUGAGUUUCGGAGUAGCCCGUCAAGCCAUUCUGCACCCAGAGGAGAAGCCUUCUUGGAAACUGGCCCGAAACAUCUUCUACAUGCCCUACUGGAUGAUCUAUGGAGAGGUGUUUGCAGACCAGAUAGACCGUAAGAGUAGAAUUCAUAUCUACGCCAUGGAAAUUAAUCCUCCUUGUGGUGAGAACCUAUAUGAUGAGGAGGGCAAGCGGCUUCCUCCCUGUAUCCCUGGUGCCUGGCUCACACCAGCACUCAUGGCGUGUUACCUACUGGUGGCCAACAUCUUGCUGGUGAACCUGCUGAUUGCUGUGUUCAACAAUACCUUCUUCGAAGUAAAAUCCAUAUCCAACCAGGUGUGGAAGUUCCAGCGAUAUCAGCUUAUUAUGACGUUUCACGACAGGCCCGUCCUACCCCCACCGAUGAUCAUUUUAAGCCACAUCUAUAUCAUCGUUAUGCGUCUCAGUGCCCACUGCAGGAAAAAGAGAGAAGGGGACCAAGAGGAACAGGAUCGUGGAUUGAAGCUGUUCCUCAGCGAUGAGGAGCUGAAGAGGCUGCACGAGUUCGAGGAGCAGUGCGUGCAGGAGCACUUCCGGGAGAAGGAGGACGAGCAGCAGUCGUCCAGCGACGAGCGCAUCCGCGUCACUUGUGAGAGGUUUUAUUUCCUCGAAACAGUGAGGAAGUUCCUAGGUGAUGAUUGUGCAUUGGAUAUAGAAGGGAAUGACAUUUAUUGCAAAUAUUCUGGGCCAAAAGAAAACCUAACAAUUCUUGCCUACCUUCACCCUCUACCCCAAAGUGGGGGCGUUUCCACAAGAGUUGAAAAUAUGUCAAUGAGGUUGGAAGAAAUCAAUGAAAGAGAAACUUUUAUGAAAACUUCCCUGCAGACUGUUGACCUUCGACUUGCUCAGCUGGAAGAAUUAUCUAACAGAAUGGUGAACGCUCUUGAAAAUCUUGUGGGAAUCGACAGGUCUGACCUGAUCCAGGCAAGGUCCCGGGCUUCUUCUGAAUGUGAGGCGACGUAUCUUCUGCGGCAAAGCAGCAUCAAUAGCGCUGAUGGUUACAGCUUGUAUCGAUAUCAUUUUAAUGGAGAAGAGUUAUUGUUUGAGGAUACUUCUCUCUCCAUGUCACCGGGGACAGGAGUCAGGAAAAAAACCUGUUCCUUCCGUAUAAAGGAAGAGAAGGAUGCAAAAACACAUUUAGUCCCAGAACGUCAAAACAGCCUUCACCUUUCACCAGGCACCAGCACAUCAGCAAGCCCAGAUGGCAGUCACCUUGCUGUAGAUGACUUAAAGAACGCUGAAGAGUCAAAAUUAGGUCCAGAUACUUGGAUCUCAAAGGAAGAUGAUGAAAGACAGGCAGACUCUAAAAAAGAAGAAACUAUUUCUCCAAGUUUAAAUAAAACAGAUCUGAUACCUGGACAGGACAAAUCAGACGUUCAAAACACUCAGCUAACAGUGGAAACGACAAAUACAGAAGGCACUGUUUCCUAUCCCCUGGAAGAAACCAAAAUUACACGCUAUUACCCUGAUGAAACGUUCAAUACUUUUAAAACAAUGAAGUCCAGAAGCAUCAUGUAUUCCCGGGGGAGAAAGCUGGUCAGUGGGGUUAACCAGGAUGUAGAGUACAGUUCAGUCAUGGACCAGCAAUGGACGACGGAAUGGAAAUGCCAAGUUCAGAAGAUCACACGCUCUCAUAGCACAGAUAUUCCUUACAUUGUGUCAGAAGCUGCAGUGCAAGCCGAGCAUAAAGAGCAGUUUGUAGAUAUGGAAGAUGAACACUGUGUCGCUGAAGCAAUUCCUCGAAUCCCUCGCUUAUCCCUAACCAUUACCGACAGAAAUGAGAUAGAAAACUUACUGUCUGUGAAAUCAGAUCAAACUUUGGGAUUCCCAUCUCUCAGGUCAAAAAGUUUACAUGGACAUCCUAGGAAUGUAAAAUCCAUUCAGGGAAAGUUAGACAGAUCUGGACAUGCCAGUAGCGUAAGUAGCUUAGUAAUUGUGUCUGGAAUUACAGCGGAAGAAGAAAAGGUUAAGAAAGAGAAAGCUUCCACGGAAACUGAAUGCUAGUCUGUUUCUUUGUUUUCAAUAGUCAGAGUCACUAAUGGGUGUCAUCUUGGCCAUCUAAACAUCAUCAGUUUCUGAAAACAUUUUCUUUAAAAAAUUUUGGAAAUUCAGACUUGAUUUAAAAUUUAAUGCACUAAAAGUAGUGUUUUGUUAGCAUAUGUUAGUAGGCUUAGUUUUUUCAGUUGGACUAGUAUCAGUUGAAAGUGACAAUACUAUAAUGAAGAUAAAUUGGCUAAUCAGUAUACAAAAUUAUACAAUCUCUUUAUUACUGAGGGCCACCAGAUAGCCUAGGAAGUGCCCUUGAGCACUGAAGUCACCGUUAGGUCACAUAAGAAAUAAGCAACUGGCUGGGCACAGUGGCUCAUGCCUGUAAUCCUAGCAUUUUGGGAGACCAAGACAGAAAGAUCACUUGAGUCCAGGAGUUUCAGACCAGCCUGGGCAACAUGUGAUACUCCAUCUCU